GGAGAGGAACUGUAAAAGAUAAAGCUAUGUGACCAGAUUCUUAUGAAAAUGUGUUCACAUCAUGCAGAAAUUCACACAGAUGACAAGUAUUUCAAGAGGAUUUUGAAUGAAAAGGUAAACUUCUAUUGUGACCAGCUCAAGUUCCAUCAAAACCUUUAAGGGACAGAAUUGUAAACAUGGAAGAAUACAAAUGCCAGAACUGUAACAAGACAUUUGCUAAUAAGCAGUUGAGAAUUGUUCAUGAAAAAAUUCACAUUGGACAGAAAACACACAAAUGCCAGUACUGUGAUAAGACAUUAAGUUCAAAAUAUCAUCUCAAUGUUCAUGAAAGAAUUCAUACUGGAGAGAAACCAUACCUGUGCCAGUAUUGUGAUAAGACAUUUAUUCAAAAAAAUAAUCUCAUUGUUCAUGAACGAAUUCAUACUGAAGAGAAACCAUACAAAUGCCAGUACUGUGAUAAGGCAUUUAGUAGAAAAUGGAAUUACCUUGUUCAUAAAGGAAAUCACACUAAAGAGAAACCAUACAAAUGCCAGUACUGUAAUAUGACAUUUAAUUAUAAACAAAUUUGCAGCGACCAUGAAAAAGCUCACACUGGAGGGAAACGACACAAAUGCCAGUACUGUGAUAAGUCAUUUAUAACAAAACGGAAAUGCGUUGUUCAUGAAAGAAUUCACACCGGAGAGAAACCAUACAAAUGCCAGUACUGUGAUAAGACAUUUAGUAGAAAGUGGAAUUGCAUUGCUCAUGAAAGAUUUCACACUAGAGAGAAACCAUACAAAUGCCAGUACUGUGAUAUGGCAUUUAUUAAAAAACAGAAAUGCAUUGUUCAUGAAAGAUUUCACACCAGAGAAAAAACAUACAAAUGCCAGCACUGUGAUAAGGCAUUUAGUAAAGAACAUCACUGCACUGAACAUGAAAAAAUUCACACUGGUGAGAAACCAUACAAAUGCCUGUUGUGUGAUAAGGCAUUUGCUUCAAAAUAUUUUUGCCUUAUUCAUGAAAGAAAUCACACUGGAAAGAAACCAUACAAAUGCCAGUACUGUGAUAAGACAUUUACACUACAAUGGCAUUGUAGUCGUCAUGAAGGAAUUCACACUAGAGAGAAACCGUACAGGUGUGUGUUUUGUUGUAAGACAUUUGUCAGCAGAAAUGAAUGUGAUAUACAUGAAAAAGAUCACACUGAUGUGUCACCUGUCCUGACAGCACAUAGACCAUAUGAUACAGAAGUUAAUAAUGGUAAAAAUCUAGUCUCUCAGAAUAAUAAUGGGGCAUCACAGGAGUUAGUCAAAAUUGAAAUCCAGGAAUACGAUCCUGCAAUUAGAGAGCAACCAUACCCUGUGGCUCUGUUUAAAAAUGCAUUUGCUUAGCGCUUUGUAUGAAACUCUGUAUACUUGUAUCAUGAUGCAGUAGUUAGAAGGUAAAAUGAUUGCAAGUUGCUUUUUGGCGUAUAAUACCCAAACAAUUGAUAAUAAGUAGAGUUGAUAAAUAAUAUUAAUAAAAUUGCUUUUCAAAGCAUAUACUGAAAAGAUAAUUUAGCUUAUCCUUGUCAUUCUUUAUGUUCUGAAAGGAGGAAUUCCACAGUUCUGAGCACCAAUUUUCUUAAGUGGCAAAGUGUGUUUUUACCAGCUAGGUAAAAUAGAUACACAGGCCAGGAAGUAUAAUUGUGAGUGUUCUUCACUGAAUAGAUUUAAUUUAUUACAUUGCACUGCGCAUCACAUUACCCAUCUGGGUCAAACAGGAUGGGUUAUUUAACAAAAUUGUAUCACACUGACAAUUCACAGAAAAUUUGACCAGGUCAAAGGUGGUCUUGAUAUAAAGACAAGGGUGGCAGCUUGUUUAUUUUUUGAUCUGCUUUACCCGUCUCUGAGCCACUCUCCUAUGGCUUUUAUGCAGAGAUAAAACCCACCUUAUGCCUUGGUCAUUAUCAGUUUAUUCAGCUACUUAAGAUAGAAAGGUAUUCUUAAGAGAAACCAAAUACAAAUUUAUUGGUAAUUUGUUGGUAAAUAUGGCCAUACUACGUCCAUAUUC